UAUUUCAACAUGGUUAGAUUUGGCAUUGAACAUGUGAAGAUGAUUACUUACAGCGCAAUAGGCAAUCGCCAGGGGGUCUCCAACGAGAAGUUCGGUGAUGACAUUGACAGCCAGGCAGGUUACAUCAUCAAUGAUUCCCGGCACCACCAGUUGAGGCGUCGGAGACGCAAGAAUUGAUGUAGAUAGUGUCAAGGCCACAGCGGCCAGUGAAGAGAACGAAUGCUUCAUGGUGUCAACACUUGAACUGUUAGGUUCGCGGAUGAUGAGUGAAGGUCGGCGGGGAGUUAGAGGAUAUAUAGCAGGGUCUAAAGCAUGUUAUUAUAUAGUUUUUCUUCUUCUUCUCCCAUUCUUCUCCCCGCUUUAUUAUGUUUUACUAUUACUCCCCGACAAUUCAAACUCUAUCCCUAGAGGGCUGUGUUAUGAUUUGCCUAUGAGACGAGAAGGGCUAGUUGUCUACCCGAUUUUGGCGCAUCUGUGUCAUGAACAACACAUCAAAGAAUCACUUGAUACACCGCUCCUCCAUAUAAAUGUAAGGGAGAUGUCGCUUCGAGAUUACCAAAAAAAAAGCCACUUUUUACGAUUGAAGCCUAAAAACCGUGCAUUCGGAUGCGUGGAGCACAUGAAACCUACCAAAUGAAGACAUUAAACAAGUCGCAAUACGAGAGUCUAGUCUCGCAAAACAUAAGUCAAGACGUGAUUCUGCCAAGAUGAUGAAAGACAUUACUAGGAUCCC